AAAACAACGUCCUAAUUUUAGCGGCUCUGUUGGAGGCAACAAACGCCAUCUUUUCGGGGGUGGGUCUCUUCUCCAGCAUGUUCGUUAUCCCAACGAAAUUUUCAGCUGAAAGACAACCACGCCACCUUGCUCGGGCCUCGACACCCAGGUUCCAGGCCCAAAAGAGACGCCUCAUGUCUCGUAUGGACUGGAUCUGACAUGCAUCGAAUAUAGGUCACUUGGAGUGGUCGAAAUGGGCUGGCCGGGUGUACGAGGUGGGUCUGUAUCAGUUGCUCCUCGCCCAUUCCGGCGGGGAGAUCCUCCUUACAGCUCAUGCACCGGACAACCCAUGGGGAGGAAGAGAGGGGAGGGGAAAGGAUGAUUCAUGCAAGUCGAUACAGGUAUAUAUUGAUAUAUGUUCAACAUCGAAGCUUGAAGGGUUCUACGAUGGUGUUCAUCAUACCGAGUUGGAAAUGGCUGCAAGGGCAAAUUUUCCCAUCCGACAAGUCAUAUAUCUCUAACCCGCGGAUCGGCGAGAAAACCAUCAAUGGGACCGUCAGUACGGAGUACCCCGUAUGUACGGGCAGUACGGGAGGAGUCAGUGAAAUGUAUGCCCGACCGGCUAGCACGCCCUCAAUGAAACACGUCAUAGGCGAUAACUUAACUUCACCAACUAGCGAAGUUGACUUAGCUGAUGCUGAUACAUGGCCUUUUGCGGACAAAGGAAGCGAGCCAAGGAGAAAAGCCCAGAACACAGGAUCGGAUGGAGAGAUAGUCCGGGUUCCAGGUUGUGAUUUGUGAUAGCUAACUAGGGCAGAUAAGGAGCCGACUGUCCCGUCGCGGGAAUGGCGG